AAGCGGAAUGUUUGUUCAGAGAACUUUGACCACACACACACACACACACACACACACACACAGACCAGCGGAUAAACACAAAAUACUGACCUGAGACCAGAGGAAUGUCGUUUUGUAGUUUCUCCGGCGGUGAGGUCUUUAAAGACCACUUCAAAUCAGGGAUUUAUGCAUGUGCCAAGUGUGAGCACCAGCUGUUCUCCAGCCACUCCAAGUACGAGCACUCGUCCCCCUGGCCGGCCUUCACAGAGACCAUCCUUGAGGACAGUGUGUCCAAACAUGAGGAGAGACCCGGGGCAUAUAAGGUGCGGUGUGGGAAGUGUGGAAAUGGGCUUGGCCAUGAAUUUGUGAAUGACGGGCCAGCCAAAGGCCUGUCUCGCUUCUGAAUAUUCAGCAGCUCACUGAAGUUCAUCCCUAAAGAUAAGGUUGAUGGACAAUAAGGUGAGCCGUCAGAAGGAAGUGCUGCUGGACUUGUAGACGUUCCUCUGUGCUGCUGAAGCUGCGAAACAGCGAAUGAAGAGUUCUGGAAUAAAGCCCAGUCUGGGAGCACCAGAGCUCUGAUGAAGAUGACCUCGCCGUACGGCAAACGGAGGAUCGAUCUCAACACUUUUUUAAUUAUGCAGUCAUCAUCUGCAGGAUAACAUCACUGCUUACACACUCACGUCUCAUCAGCUUGAAAUGUAUUUAUGAUGUUUGGAUUUGUCUAAUGGGGAUUCUCAUAAUUCUAUGAACUAUUUCUUAAAGUAUUUAUUUACCAGGAUUCAAAUUAGUCUAUUAGAAAGACUCAACUGUGAAUCUAAGACCAGAAGAACCUUUUCUAAAGAAUAUUUUUAAAUUUUAUUCACACUUGACCUGCAUUGUUUGGUGUACGAUACAGAAAAUGAGUAGCAGUAUAUUCUAUUUUCACACUUUUCAGAGGCUUUAUGUAAAUGGAUAACAAUGAUAUGCAAAGAACUAAAAUCAAUAUGUUUUAAAUUAAAAUAAAGCGAUGCUUUGAUGAAUUA